UAAAAAAUAUCAAGCAUCAAAUAUAUGAAGUAGAGUAUUAAAAGAAAAUCACUUCCUCUGUUAUUUAGUUGAGUUUAUUUUUUAUGUCUCAUUAGAAUAUCAAGAUUCAGAUCUGUUUACUUUUUUUUCGGUUGAGCCUUCACUGGAUUUCAGUUUGUGGGUGGUGGAAGAGUUCGUCGGCGGUGGUUGCAUGAUGCAACUCGGUUGCAGUUAUGUCAUCUCCUUCUCUGCUGGGUCUCCAUAUCAUGCAUUCUGACGCCAGUUUUUGCUGCAACUAAGCUUCAUCUUCUCUGAUGCUGGUUUGUGGAUUCUUGCUUUGGUUAGAGUUGCUAUCUCUGCGGUCUUAAAAUCUACUUCAGUCGUUUAUGAUUGAUUCCAGAGUGUUUGGCCAGAAAUGGUCGGGAUUACUUACCGCAGUUUGUGCAUGCAGAAGCAGAAUACCCCUAUUUCUUAAACGCAUAAUCUCUCGUAACUGGUUUUCAAGACUCUGGAAUAGUUUCAAGUCAAUCUUCCAAAAAGCUCUAAAGAUUGGAGACACGGCCAAAGAACUUCCUGAUUUGAAAGACUUUUUACACUUCUCCGGAUACUUAAACUCUUCCACUUCGAAUCCAAAUUUCACUGAUGAAUUCACGGUAAAUCUUCAAUCUGCAAUAAUCAAAUUUCAGAAAACUUUCAAUCUCAAAACUUCAGGUCAGCUUGAUGAAAAUACAUAUAAUAUUCUGUCAAAGCCACGUUGCGGUGUUCCUGACAUCGUAAACGAAACCACCACCAUGAGUAACGACGUUAAGUCGUUUAAACCAUGGUGGACGGGAAAAGAGUUGAAAUAUGCUUUUCACCCGGAGAAUAACCUUCCGGAGAAUGUUAAGUCGUUGUUUCAAGACGCGUUUAAUCGUUGGUCGAAGGUAACUGCGUUGGACUUCGUAGAGACGGUGUCGUUUAAUGGUUCGGAUAUUCGUAUAGCGUUUGUGACGAUGGAUGGAAAAGGUGGAAUGGUUGGAGGUGGUUAUGUAAACAAUAGUGUUCAUGUUGGGAGUAUAUAUUUGGAUGCUGAGGAAAAUUGGGUGGUGUCGAGUAAGAGUGCUAUUGAUGAGGAUGAUGUGGAUUUGGAAUCAUUUGUGAUGCAUCAAAUUGGACAUUUAUUAGGGUUGGGACAUUCUUCUGUGGAAGAGUCUAUUAUGUAUCCGAUUGUGUUGCCAAAAAAGAAGAUUGAGUUGGUGAAUGAUGAUGAUUUGCAGAAGAUUCAGCAAAUAUAUGGUGUGACAGUGACUCCUUGAAGUGGUUAACAUAGUUCUUGUUCUUGGCUUGGCUAGUGGAUUUAUGGGUAUUUGAGUUUUUGGUGUGUGUUUGUGUGUUUGAAUUAGAUACUAGUAUGAAAUUAGAAGUUAAAAGUAUGUUAUGUAAUAAGACUGUUGUUGUGAAAAACGAUACCAAUAACAAAGUAUAAUAGGGAAUUAGGGAAGAGAAUAAGAACACAAUAAUUGGUUAUAACUGCUA